CCGGCUGUUGAUUGGCGCAGCACAUGGCGCUGCUCUGGAUGCGCAGAGGGAGAAUUACGCGGGCGCACGGAGCCCGCGAUGGGAUCUCCGGCCCAGACUGGUCUCUUGGGAACUCUCUGAGCUUUACCCUCUUCCCCUCUAUUCUGACGCCUUUUCUUUACCAAGCCAUGGAUGUCUUCUCCCCGUCCCAGCUCUACUACGACAGAGCGUGCGCCUCCUCUCCAGACAGCCUGGAGUUCGGUACCAGCAUGGAGCUCACAGGCUCCGAGGAAGAUGAGCACGUCAGGGUCCCCGGGGCCCCUCACCAGCCUGGACAUUGUCUCCAGUGGGCCUGCAAGGCCUGCAAGCGCAAGUCCAGCUUUGUGGACCGCAGGCGGGCCGCCACGAUGCGGGAGCGCCGGCGGCUGAAGAAAGUGAACCACGCUUUCGAGGCCCUGAGGCGCUGCACCUCGGCCAACCCCAGCCAGCGCCUGCCCAAGGUGGAGAUCCUGCGCAACGCCAUCCACUACAUCGAGAGCCUGCAGGAGCUGCUGCGGGAGCAGGUGGAGAGCUUUUACGGCCUGCCCGGAGAGAGCAGCUCCGAACCGGGCAGCCCGCUGUCCAGCUGUUCUGACAGUAUGGCUGGAAGCAACAGUCCAGUGUGGCAACACCUGAAUGCAAACUACAGUAAUGGCUUUGCCUAUGCAAAAAAUGACAGUUUGGAUGACAAAGCCCUCGGCGCCUCCAGUUUGGAGUGCCUGUCCAGCAUCGUGGACCGGCUGUCCUCGGCAGAGUCCGGCUGCGGUCCGGCUGCUCUGAGGGACCUGCCCAGCUUCUCCCCCGGCAGCUCCGAGUCCCAGCCCAACACGCCAGAGAGCCCGGGCUCCAGGCCCGUCUACCACGUCCUGUGAAGGGACACCCACGCUUUGAUUGCCACGGCGGGCGGGCGGGCGGGCAGCGCGACGGUUUCUUCAGACCACCGCUGCUUUUGCAACAAAACGAUAGUAAGAAGAUGUUUUUGUGCAAAGCAGAUGAGGACAGUGAAAUCUGAGGACCUGUGGCAAAUAUCGUUCAUACUGUACAUGUGAUUUUUGUAAAUAUGUAAUAUAACACCAAUUUAUUCUACAUGGGCUAUAAUACCCAAUGUGAUAUAUUUAAUGAUGCAUUAUUCAAUUUAAAAAAAAAAAAAAGAUAUUUAAACAGUGCCAUAGCGUACACUCCAUGUUGUUUUGUUUAUUAAAUAUUUUUGUUUAAGCAUUUUUAAGAGUCUUUUUUAAGUUUUCUGUUAAUUAUCUACUUACAUUCAGUGAUUUUUCUUUCUCAUAAAGGUCAGAGCACAGUUUUUGUUUUUUAUCUUUUGUUUUUGUGUGAUUAUCAGUCCCAAUUUUUUUUUUAGAAGAUGAACUGUUUUCCACUUAUCUUGUAAUGUAAUGUUCACUUAAAACCGCAGAUUUUUUUAUUUUUAUUUCAACGCAUUCGGUCCCAGCAUGGCUGCUGUGGCAAAAAUAAAGAAUCAGGUUAUUUAUUUCAUACUAUAUACAGAGUUUGUUCCAGAGAAUCUAGGCUGUCUCCAGCUAACAAGGCUUCGGGAUCCCUUUACAGGUCAGCUGAUACCAUUUGUCAUUUAGCGCUGCUGCAAUCCCUCAUGUGGCCUUUUGUUUGCUAAUUAUUACCAAAAGCCAUGUUUUUAUUCCUGUAAAAGGAGAAAAAGGGCCUUUACACCAGUCAAAUCAAGGGAACAAAUGGGAAUUUCUCAUAAUUAAGGUGCUGGUGUUGAUUUCUGCACGUUUUGUACCUGUUUGCUCUCUCUAGCCAAAUGUGAGUAAUCAUUAGCACCCCCCUUUAUACCACCAACACUAGUGUGGAGAACAGAUGGCCUCUGAUGGUACUUAUCGGGUGACUGAGGCGGUGGAGGGGGGGGGGGUCAUUGCUUAGCCUGUGCUCCAAGAAAGCUAUAUUUUCACUAAAUGCAACGCUGGCAAAUUCAAAAAUAAAACUUUUGAUCUCUCAGAUAUACUUUUUGCUACUUUUCAUUUACGCAUUUGAUACAGAAAAUAAGAAGAGCAGAUCAAAUUGUGUACACUUAAAUCCACUCUUCACAUUUAAAGUAACUUGAAAUAGCUAAAGGAUUAAAAUACCACUUCACAUGCUAAUAAAACUUUUAAUUAAG